AUGCGAAGCACCAGAAGAACGAGUAACGCGUCCACCACGCCAGUGGAGACCGUUAGCAAGUGGAAGAUCCCGCAUUACUACCGCAAGGCGAACACGAGUGCCGUGGGGCUCGCGCAGGGCGAGCCCACGCACUCUGGCGCGGCCAAUGGCAGCGCAAACGGGUCCAGUAAGGACCACGGCAACAUCAACAUCAUGACCACACCACAGCACGUUCAAAUGGAGGGCAGCGGACGACGCAGUGCAAAGGCCAAGACGCGGAAGGGCGAGAUGGUUUUUGUCAAUUACACGGUGAAGGAUUCGGACACACAGGAGCCAGGUUUGCAGGUGCAACAGCAGCAGCAGCAAGAACAGUCUGCUAAUAUCACCAAUAACAAAAAAAAAUCGUCAAAAAGUCGAAUGCUCAAGAUUUUCAGUGCGGUGCAUGGCUCGGGCAACCACCAUAGCAGCCAUUCAGGGCAUCCCCAUUCGUCUCAGGCGUCUCAGGCGUCUCAGACGUCUCUGGCACCGCUAGAUACCACUAGCGGUGCGUUUGAGCGGUCCUCGGCGUCCACACCGUCGUCGCAGGUCACCAAACGGUCCUACAGCUCGUUUCUGAAAUAUGGCGGUAUCAGAGGGUCUGCAUCCACCAUCACAUCGCCCACAGAAGAGGUUGUGCCAACCUCAGCAGACCGUCGUAUGGGUUUGAACCGGUCUUUGAGUUCCAACGUCGCACUCGUCAACAACAAUGGCAAGGCAUCGCUCACGCUCGGUGCAUCGGCUGCUUCUUGCUCGGAACCGUCUUUUAUGGCCCGGCACUCGCCCUCCAAGGAAAGGAGCAACCCAUAUUUAAGCCAAAGCCAAAGCCAAACGACGCAUUUUGACCACCAUUACGCCGACCAGUACAACGACUACUCGGUCUACCCGGCUGCCAAAACCCGCCCCCAUUCCAGUAGUCUGCAUUCGUCGUUCUCCCCGCGUCUGGGAGACGAAAACGACGCCUCCAUUGCAUUCAGUAAGAUGUUCACUCGGAAACGUGCCAACACAGGCGGGUCCAUGAGUUCACUCGUUUCCAGCGCAACAUCCAACAACCAUCCCGGCUUGCAGAGAAACAUGUCUAACAACUCCAUUUCUUCGUUAGCGCAUAAAUACUCGCCCAUACGCACUGCGUCUCCGGGAAAACCCGCAUCUUUGAGAAGAUCCAACUCUCAUCGGUUUUCUCGCGAUUUCUCGUCUUUUCACAGCAAUCAAAACUACGCAGCCGAUCUCAAUAUCGGAAUGGACUCGUUUUUGGAUACCCAGGCCAAGCAACAGCGACACACGCACAAGAAAAAGCAAGAAUCCUUUUCAGAGCUUCGCGGGCCGAGCACCGUGUCUUCUUUGUCUUCCGCUUCGACGCCUUGCUUCUUUGACACCGGUCACCUCAAUAUUGGCGUCGGACACGAGAGACAGAAUAGCGUUUUACUGUCUCUGGAUCGUGAGAGCUCGCUGGAGAAUGAAAUUUUGGAAGAAAACGAAGAGACCUCUUAUUCCCCUCAUGAAGCCUCGGCUCUCGAGGGAGUUUCGAAGACUGCACUCGAAGGCACAGAAGAACGAGAUUUCGAUGCCGCUUCUUUCCCCAAUACCAGUCGCAGCAGUGUCACAAUGUUUUCAUCCAUGGUCAACUCCCACUCGACUUUGGAGAGUACUGUCCCGUCGACUAAAAGUUCCGCUCAAAAUGAUGUUCAGCUUUCGAACAUUCCACACAGAUUUGGUAUCGACACUCACAACAAUCAACGACACACUUCACUAAAUUUCCAAGACGCUCAAAAUGACAAUUUUUUGAAUCUGUAUAUGGAAUUGGAUCUGGGUUGUGCUGUUGAGUCUCUAACAGCAGAUGAGCAAGAAAGGCACGCUUUGCCGGAAAACGACAUGUCAUAUUCGAACGCCUUAUUCCAAGGAGAUGCAUCCACCAUACAUUCCGUGAUGAAUAAUUCCCCUGCCACUGUGACGAAUCAGGCAGGCAAUAACGCUAGAAUUGAAGCGGCUGAAGAUACUUCUCAUCAUGAACAAAUUCCAUAUACAAAUUUCUCCAGCCGCAUAAUGCAUGACAUCGACCAGAUCGCCAAUUCCAUAACCAAUGGCGAAGGCCAUGGCGGUCUCACAAAUGAGUGGAACAAUUCACAUCUUUGA